GAUUUCGUGUCAAGUCCGUUGCCGCCCAAUCUUGUCUGCUACUCCCUCUGGCAGUCAAUUCUGGGACUUGCACAAGGCUCAUGAUUGUACUCAAUUAAACCGGUAUCACACUUGCCAUGGCAGCAUCCGUAAUACUCCCCCUUUAUGUGUAUCCUUCCGCAGGGGCUUGGGAACCACUGCGCGAGAUGGCAUCUUCCUACCCACACGUGCAUUUCACGGCAAUCGUCAACCCGCACAACGGACCGGGUGGAGGCGCAUUGCCGAACGAGGACUACGCGCAAGCCAUUCGAGCAUUAAAUUCAUUGAACAAUGUCCGUACUAUCGGUUAUGUGUCUACCACGUGGUGCAGUAAGACAGUGGAAUCGGUACUCGAUGAGAUUGCAUUGUAUGAUGGAUGGGGUCAAAGUGAUCCGUCGCUGGCCAUGGGCGGUAUCUUCUUCGAUGAGACGCCCACUCGCUAUUCUCCUGAAAACAUCUCGUAUUUGCUGACCAUAUCCCACGCGGUCCAUGAUCAGCACGGCCUAAAGGAUGGCUUCGUAGUCCACAAUCCAGGUGCCGUGCCUGAGGCGCAAUACUUUGUCGACCCGACAUUCAAGCAAGCCGCUGACCUCACCAUCAUUUUCGAAGACACAUACGAUCAUUGGACGAGAAAUGCGGAUGCCCUCAUAAAGGCAACAGAGUCAUAUGACCGCAGUAAACUCGCAGCUAUGCUUCACACUACACCGCAACUGAACACCACCGACACCGAGGAGACCCUGCGCCGGGUCCUAGCUCUCGGUCGGAGUUUCUGGCUCACGCAGACCCGUGAUUAUACGGGCAUCGAUACUUAUUUUCGUGUCUUCAUGGAUAGUCUAAACAAGCUUCUCAGUUAACGAGACAGCCAUCUUCAGGACUCUCCGUACCAAGGUGUUUCCGUUGCAGCGGACUCGGACAAUGCAAUAUUAUGCACUCUUAUUGACUCUGCCAGCCUG